CCUGAACCUACCUGUCGUAUUCUGAACGUGUUAAGAACAUAAUCGGUUGGAAAUAUUUGUGAAAAUUUAGCAAAACUUUGUAAAGUUUUAUAGGGAAAUGUGGUGAAAUGAGUCGGCGAAUUUUUGAAAAUUGUUGGUCAGCGUGUGCAACCGCGCGCGCCUGGACACGACUAAUGCCCAGUCUUUCUUCUUGCUCUCCGAAAAAAAUGGCGUCGAAAAUUCCCAUUUUGCGAAGCAUUUCUGCAGCUUCUUUGCUUCGUAAAAGCUCAAAGGUGCGUUAAAAUAUAUUUAUGAUAAUCUGGGAUAUCGUUCUGUGUCUAGGGCAUUUCAAAUUGGUCUAAAAGUGUGUUUUUGUUUACUUUUUCCAGGCCACCCUCGCACGGUGUUUUGGCACUUCAACAGCUUAUCAAGAGGUAUAAAUAUUUAUAUUGAGUACAGUACAAUAGUCUUUUGAUAAAAUGCAUUGUUAUUGAAUGUAUUAUAUUAGCAAAGUGGUGAAUUUUAUUGGUAUUUAAUGAAAUAGUUGUUUGUCAUUUGUCAACCAAUAUUCGGUCAAAUACAGAUCAAAGUGCAAACAAGUGAAACAACUAUUUUAUAUGUCUAACUUUAUUUGAACACUCCAAAGUGCAAACCAUGUACCAUCAGUUACAAUCUUAAAUGCAAUUGUUUGUGAUCUUGUCAAGCAUUUAGGUCUCAGACCUUCCAAAUUUGCAAAUUAAAAAUGCACUUGUGAGAGUUUUAGUGACAUGCAUAUCUUCAGUGGCGUAGCUACUAUGGGCUUGGACCGGGGGGCCCCAGCCCGAAUGGGCGAAAUGGGGGCAGCCAGACUCAGGCUGUAGAGCAAAAACAUUGGCCAGGGCCUCUGAUAUGUCACAAUGUCGUUUUCUGACCAUCAGAAUUCUGUAAAAUCUCUCCCCAAAGUCUGGGAAAUGGCAUUUCAGAGGCUCGAGAUUCAAAAAUUUGUGCGUAUACGGCGUUCCCCUAGAAAAUUUGUGCAUAUACGGCGUUCAACUCGUGCCUUUGGCACUUCUUCUAGGGGACCUUCGAAAAUUUUGAACCGGGGCCCCCCUGAUAUAACGUUAUGCCACUGCAUAUCUUAUGCCUAUGGGCACACCCCCUCUCCCAGCUUGCACCUGCCCCUGUUUGCCCUCCCCUCUAUUUGUUAAUAUUUGUGUGCUGGUAUUUUACAUAGUCACUAUAUAAUGUCCCAGAAACUAAAGUUACAACUCUGCCAAAUGGUUUGAAAGUGGCAACUGAAAAUUCUGGCAUUCCAACAUCAACAGUAAGUCUUUCAUAUGACACAUUUCUAUUAAUUUUGAGCUUGUCAGCACAUGCCCAAACUCACCCAAGUGAAUAUGAUUGCUAUAUUAACGUAAAAAGCCAGGCUAAGAAAAAAUGGUGGAUGUUUCUUUGAAACUUGAAAAAGAGAUUGUGUAGAUAGUCCUAACCCAAAAACCAAAAUAGUCAUAACUCUGAACCUGUUUAUAAAACGUCCUGAACCUGUUUAUAAAAUCUCCUCUUUGAAAAAUCUAUACCACCUUGAAAAUAUAUGUCCCCACAAAAAACCAGUUUCCAUCUAAAAUCUGAACCCCCUAAAAUUGAAAAUCUGAUCCCCCUAAAAGAUCCUAAAAUUGAAAAUCUGAUUUCCCCCUGAAAAAUCUGCUACCCCCUCCAAUGAUACUUGCUUGAAAAUCUAAUUCCCCUAAAAAUCCCUAAAUAUAAUUUUGUGUCCCCUUAGAAAACUAUGCCCUUGUUGAAAAAUUCACCUUUUCCUGGCAUUCAUCUCAUUUUUAGUGAUUGACGAUAAUUAGCAUCGGGCCAAUUUUUGUCUUAGCAGUAGACAAUUGGAAUCAGUAGAAUUAUCUAUAUUUCCGAUUGGGUCGUUCCAGAAAAGAUCCAUACUCCCCCCACGGAGGAAAUUUCUGCCGUCCGGAGGGGGAGGGGAGAAAAAAUUGUUUCUGAUAAUAGUAAAUGUAUUAGGACAUUCGAAGGGGGCAGGGGGGUUAACUUCCUAUUUCCUCCGUGGGGGUGGCAUGGAUGUUUUCUGGAAUGACCCAUUGUCUAAAACCGAUUGUUGAGACAUUAUGCACUUUAAAAAUUAUAUACACUGCCAUUUAUUAACGGUUUUAACGAUCAUUGGUUGUGGUAACAUUUUACGUUGGAAAUUAUUGUUAAAAAAUUGACAUGAAUGACGUCACCUUUACUCGGUCGACUGAUAUUAUGACAUUAUAAAAUGGACAACUUGCAUGUUAGACUAAAUUUUAAUCUAAGUAAAGACAAGGAAAUCAAACACCACAGCUAAAAAGAACAUUAUGAAAUUAGUAAAAUUACAAAAUUUGGUUGCAAAAUGUUGUAACGCUCGGAAAAUAUAGUCUCACAAAGUUUGCAAAUUUUCAGUACGUAUGUUUGUAUUAUGUACUGAAAUUGUUACCAUUUUCAGCUCAAAAAUGGUAACAAUUUCUGCACGUAAUACAAACAUACUGAAAAUAUGCAAAUUUCGCAAGGCUAUAUUUUCCGUAUUUUACAACAUUUCGUAACCAAAUUUUGCAAUUUUACUAAUUCUAAUAAGUUCUUUACGGGAAUUUACUUUUUUGUCUAGAUCAAAAAUUAGUCUAACAUGCAAGUUGUCUUUUGGUAUCUGGUAGAUUGUCGCACAAUCGGUCAGUCACUACCCAUUUUUAAGAUUCUUGUGUACCAAGUGCAAAAUGAUUCUAUUUUCAGGUUGGUUUAUGGAUAGAUGCAGGCAGUAGAUUUGAAACAGAGGAAAACAAUGGUGUUGCACAUUUCCUGGAACACAUGGCAUUCAAAGGAACAAAACGACGGACACAGUUACAGCUAGAGCUUGAGGUGGAGAAUGCCGGAGCCCACCUAAAUGCCUACACGUCCCGAGAACAAACAGUGUAUUAUGCCAAAUCUUUCAGGAAAGAUAUGGCCCAAGGUUGGUUAUUGUCCCCUGCCUGACACAGAGAUAUAGUUUAUUGAGAUUUAUUAUAUAAAGUAUACUGCUUUAUGGAGAUUUUGAGCACUGAUAAAACUGAUAAUCUCACAUGUGAGAUUUGAUCAUUUCACAUGUGAAAAUUAUCGCUUUUGAAUUGUCGCUUUUCUGUUAUAAUUAUCGCUUUUCAAAGACUGUCCUUUAUAUAAUAAACAGAAAAAUACAUGGGUGCUUGUAAAUACCAGAUUUAUUUCUCGUGUUGAACAUGAUAUCCUACUUGUUCGCUACGCUCACUCUUGCGAUGUCAUGUUCAACGAUGUCAUGUUCUUGAAAUAAAUCUUGUGUUUCCAAGCACCCAUGUAUUAUUAUUCUCUAUAUAGUUUAUUGACCAGCGCUCUCCCCUUGACAAGUAAGAUUGUCUGGCGUUAGACAGAGUGAAAUGGUAAAGGAGGCCGCUUUGGGGUGCAAUGCAACUCAAUGGGUUUUAAUAUAUAAUUGUUCUUUAAUCUUGAGUCUCUCAUUGACAAGUAAUUGUCUUGCAGGCCUUAAAUUUUUUUUUACAGGGCCAUCUGACAAAAUAGCCAAUGACUUUGAGUUUGGGUUGGACAUGUAUGUCCAAUGACCUUCAGUUCAGUUUUGACUCGGAAAUAAGUCUGAAUGACACACAUUAAUAUCAGCACAUUUAUUCUUAACGGUAAAUGUUGUGAAGAUAUUAAUUUAAAUCAUUUGUUUCUUCCAUACUUAUUUCCAAGCCAAAAUUAACAUGCUUGCUUAAGCCCGUUUUCCACUGACUUCACCAUUUCACUUGCCACCUGGCACAAAAAUGUUUAAAUAUUCAGUUGGUGUGCAGGAAAUUUUUAUCUCCUAGUGUGAUCCCAGGAAGAAAAUUCUUUUCUGCCCUGUAUAAGAAUAAAAGGUUUCGAAAAGACAAGGAUAAGAUGUUUGGUUCACCCAUUAAACACAAGGCUUUAUAAAAUAACCACAGUGAAACACGCAAUUUGAUUGGCCAAUAGCCUGGUUAUAUCCUGCACAAGGUUAUGGCCCGGUUAUAUCCUGCACGAGGAAUUAAAAUGCCUUCGCGGGAUUUUUGCGGGAUUCUCAAAAUGUCAUUGUUUCACUGUAGAUAUUUUAUAAAACAAUUACCAAAUGGUUUUCCAAGCAGGGUAGCAUGAUCCAUGUACUUGGGAUGUUCCUCGACUUUCGGAAAGCGUAAAAAUACACUCGCGUAUUUUUACGCUUUCCGAAAGUCUCGCGACAUCCCUCGUGCAUGGAUCACGCAAUCCUGCACGGAAAACCGUUCGGUAUUCCUUUAUCCCUUGAUGACUUUGAAAUUGUAUAGGUGUACAUUUAGGUGUCCUACAGGCCAUGCCAGUGCUUGGUACAUACUGAUCCUCAGCACUUUUUUCCAAGCCCCUACUUAAACAAGAGUCCACUGCCUGCUCUAUGUAUGUGGUAAGCACGUGCUCCAACAAGCUCCUUUUUGGGCAAGGCGUGGUCCUACAUAAUGGCUUCAUUGUAAGUUGUACAUUUGUUUUGUGUAGCUGUUGAUAUCCUAGCUGACAUUAUUCAGCAUUCUAAACUGGGUGAACAGGAAAUUGAGAGAGAGCGAGGUGUUAUCUUACGUGAAAUGCAGGUCAGUACUUGGAGCGAACACUCUGAAUUAUGAGACAUUGGUCAUGUUUUAGCUGCCGGGCAAACGCAAUGACGCAUCCUUGAAAUUUUAGGAAGUAGACUCUCAACUAGAAGAAGUCAUAUUUGAUCAUCUUCAUGCAACAGCAUAUCAAGGAACAGCAUUAGGAAGAACAAUUCUGGGACCAACAGAAAAUAUCAAGUAUGAUAAUGAUAACCAGCUUGUUUUUCAAACUAACAUGAUUACUUUAUGGUUUACUCUACUAAGUAGGUGGGAGUGUGCACUAAUCAUCCUUAUUUGCAGUUACAGUGAAAAUACAAAAAGUAUCCCACUUCCGCUUCUCUAGUUUGUUGUGAUUCAUAUAAUAGUUUUGUUUUUGGAAACACCACGUAAAUUUAUUACUGCAAAGCUUUCGAUCCGUAAACCCUCAGUGCUAAUAAUAUGUAAUAAUAAAUUUACGUGGUGUUUCCACAAACAAAACUAUUAUAUGUUUUAUCGCCAUGCAAACAUACAAAGAACUUAUUGUUGUGAUUCACUGUAAUUUGUUCUGUUUUUUAGUAGCGAUUACAAAUUUAUUGGCAAAUACCGCGAUAAAACUUAGUUUUCUCUAUUUUUAAAUAUGAUAAUUUGUAGCAAAGGGAAAUAAUACAUUUUUUGUUAGUUUCAUUGCAUAAAAGGUACGAAAUUUAAAUUUUAUCGCAGUCUUUGCCGUUAAAUCGGUAAUCGUUACAGAAACAACAUCGGUAAUCGCUAUGUACAGAACAAAUUACAGUAAAUCACAACAAAGUACCGAAGCGGAAGUGGGACACUUUUUGUAUUUUCACUGUAAAAGCAAAGCUGACUUACGAAGGAUGCAGGUCAACCUGAUUGAGUCGAAGGCUUUCUAUAGUCCCUCUGGCAGUCAUGACACAUGUCUGAUUAUGGAGCACAGCUAGGAUGGAGGGGCUAGGUUAAGGGCUAAUCCCAAUGUCUACCCAGAGAAAGUUGGUGCCUUUUGAUAGAGCAUUGACUGUCUCAUUUCACAUCAGUGGCUGAAACAGCAUAGACUGAGUUCCAUUCGAAUAUUGGCUACCAGUACCUCCAAAGGUAUGUUUCAAAGUAACUUUGCUUGUGUUAUUUGUUGCAGGAGUAUAAAACGAGACGAUCUGUUAGCAUACAUUAAUAAACAUUACAGUGCACCCAGAAUGGUGCUGGCUGCCGCAGGAGGUCAGUUUUUAUUUACCACCCAAUAUAAUGCUUCAACUCCCUUAUUCUUCAUACAUCCACAAAGUUGUACAUUGGAAUUCCUAUUCGGUCUAUUCAUUACUGACGUUGUGGAUCUUCUGGAGCUUGUAAAUCAUGGCCGGAUUUUGAGGGGAGGUGUGUGGAGGUUCGCACCUCCCCUGAGAUUGUUUUGCACUUCCUCUGAGAAUUUUUACACCUCCUCUGAAAAGUCAUACACCUCCCCUUGGGAAAGUUUCAAUGAUAGAUCAAAGUGAAAGUUUGACAUUUUUUGGUUGCUUAGCAUCUACACUUCGUAAGAAAGUUUUUGUGUAAAAUUGAAACAGUGAUAGCCUUUCAUCUCUGUUAAAAAAUACCCUUUUUGUUCCAGGUACCCUUUUAAUGCAAUGUUUUGAAAGAAACUUUGUAGUAAUUGUAAGGAAAAGCAAAAUUGGAUGUAUCGUACAGUCAUAAUUUAUUAAUACUUUUUGUUUGUGGAAACACCACGUAAAUUUAUUACUGCAGUAAUAAAUUUACGCGGUGUUUCCACAAACAAAAAGUAUUAUAUGUUUUAUCACCAUGCAAACCUACAGUACAAAGAACAUAAUUUAUUAAUACACUGAUACAUAUGUACACUACAUGCAUGCGUCAGGUCGUCGACUUUGGCCCGUUCUACAAUAAACUUUCCAUGGGGGACCGCGCUGCACCUCCCCUAAUUGUUUUCCACUUCCCUUACUAUUUCCACCAAAAUCUGGCCUUGUUGUAAAUUUGUCUGCCUAAGUGUUGUGUGUGGAGCUAGAUGCAUGUCUACAUAAAAUGGGUGUGGUAACAGGGUUUGACUGUUUGUAUUGUGCAGGAGUUGAUCAUGAUGAGUUAGUGAAGUUAGCUGAGAAGCAAUUCAGUGGACUGAGAUCAACGUAUGAAGAGACGGAUGUUCCUGAACCUUGCAGAUUUACUGGCAGUGAGGUUGGGAAAUUGCUGAUGUUUUGGAAACUUAAGCAGAUCUCCACAACAACUUGUGCAUUUUUACGUGUGUACCUGUUUCAUCAUAGUUAAUAGAAUAGAUGGUUUGGAAAACUCAUUAGAAUAACAAUAUAACUCGUUAUCUAUGUUAGUCAACAUUUAUUCAUAAACAUGGUCCUUCACCGUCACGUGCGUAUUGUAUUUUUGCUAAAUCCACCAAUAGACGAUUCGCCUUAUUACGUUUUCGUGGCGCUUUGCAUUGUGGUUAUAAUGGUAUCACUGAUAAAGAUAGCGGCCUCGAAUGAAAAUAUUGAAUGUUUUCGCGAAUAUUUUGCUGUUGGCUAUCACGCACCUGACCCUAGCUUUUUUUAAUAGUUCUUGCACGGGUCAGGACAAAAAAUAAGCCAUCUUGAAUGUCAGUGAUACCACUAUAACCACAAUGCAAAGCGCUACGAAAACGUAAUAAGAGGAAUCGUCUAUUGCAAUAUCUAAUUUACCCUAUUGUUCGAGUCACUAAUAGGUAACUCCCUCCUAUUGGUUAUUUGGGCAAAAAUACAAUACGCACGUGAUGGUGAAGGACCAGAUUUAUGAAUAAACGUUGACUAACAUAGAUAAGGAGUUAGAUUGUUAUUCUAAUGAGUUUCCAAACCAUCUAUUCUGUUAAAGCGCGACAAACCACAAAAGCAAUUUUUUGGUAUGUGUAAUAUUUGGGUCAUUCGAACAAAAAUGGUUUACAUCUUUAUAAUAAAAAAUCCCAUCUUGAUCAAUUUUUUCUCUGUCAAAGUUUACGGAUAUGAUGUCAUUAGGUGAAUUGCAAAUUAGUUUCCCUUUGUUUUUUUUUGUACCGAAAAUUCACCUAAUGACAUCAUAUCCGGAAACUUUGACAGUUAAAAAGUUGAUCAAGAUGAGGUUUUUUACUGUAAAUAUAUAUAUUACAUUUCUUCUCAGAAUGACCCAAGUAUUACACACAGAAAAAAUUACAUUUUGGGUUAGUCACACUUUAACUAUGGUUUCAUUCAUUUGUCUGUUUGUUUAGAUCCGUAUACGUAAUGAUGAUAUGCCAUUUGCUCACAUUGCCAUGGCGGUUGAAGGCUGUGGAUGGACUCAUCCAGAUUAUUUUGCUCUUAUGGUUGCUAAUGUGGUAAGUUCGUAUUUGCUGGUGAAAUUAUCAGUGCAUGAUCUAUCACUCGAUUCAGAAAGCAAACAAACCAUUUUGUUUUUAGUUGGUAGGCAACUGGGAUCGAUCCUUCAGUGGAGCACAUAAUGUUUCUAGUAAACUUGCACAGGUAGUAGAUAAUCAAUAUUUUAUAAAGCACUUUCAUUUAUUUUAUCCGAAGACAUGGAGUAGGGCCAUCUUCAUCGAUUGUCUAAAGCAGUAAUUGUUUAUGUUUUAGGAUGUCUCUGAACACAAUUUGGCUCACAGUUUUAUGUCGUUUAAUACUUGCUACACUGACACUGGACUUUGGUAUGU